GCAUGCACUUUCUAUGAUUGCAUUGCAUGUCAUCAUUUAUUUUAAAUUGUCUUCAUAUAUUCGUAUUAUUUAAUUGACUGCCCACCUAAAGUGACUUCAUUUCAGCUGUUCACUUCAUCAUCAGAGGAUUGUUAUUGAGAAUGAGUUGGCAACUACGGUUGAGUUCAUGACUCGACUUCCACGCCCUCUUACCCUGCUCUACAGCGCUAGCCAUGAGGGGACGGGGUGCAGCCUAGGCCUAUCGUACUCUUUCCUAUUUCUGUUGAGAGUACGUUUCUUCAGCCUAAUCUUUAAAUGUAGAAUGGUGUUGGAGGUUUUGAUUAAGUUGAUGGUUAGUGAAUCCUGUAAUUAGUUACGAUAUCGUGCAAUUAGUAAUCGUAGAUUUAUUUCUCUUAAAAUGUGUUUUAUGGACUAUCUAUUAUCAUCCGGAGUUUAGGAGGACUGUUUUGUUUGUUCGAUUUCUUAUUGAACGAUGACCCUUUUUCUUCAUAAUAGAAUUAAACAUUUGACACGGAGUCCAAUAAGCUCCUAUGUACUAUCUAUCCUCUGUUUCCCAAUCUUGCAAUCCAUGCAACUCAUUAGUUAUGGAAAGUCCAAUAAACAGGCAAUUGUAACCAAUUAACUUAACCAAUUAUAGUGGAUUAUGAUAGUCAGUAAGCAAUAACACAAAUAAGAAACAAACAAACAAAUAUAUAAUUGUGUGCUUAAUUGCUUACAUACCACACUACACUUCAUAUCUCAUUGUGGUGCCUCUCAUUGAUUCAAUAAAAUUUAGUUAGUUUUGUUCUAUUUCAGUCAUAUGUAAGAUAUAUAGUGUGGAAACUUGAGGAACUUUUACCGAUAUUGUUGUCUAGAUUUUUGUUUGGAUGAUUCCAUUAUCUCAUUGGUAUAUUUAUCUAGAUUAUUUUAUCGAUUCUAUGAUUAGAGGUUUGUCCUAAGAUUUUUGGUAUUGUUACUUGUUCAUAACAGGACUGCAGGCAGUCCAGGACACUUUGCAGACGGUCUCUCUGGAAAUUAACAGUGCAUAUGACUAUAUGUUCGAGCAUCCUACUGCUUCUGCUAUUGUGAAGUCGUCCCUCCCAGCUUACCAUCUUCAGUUGAACCGUAGGGUGGGAGACCUCGAGGACCAUAUUUUGGCAGCAGAGACAAUCCAUCCUGUUGACAAUGUCCAUGUUGACCAUCUUGAGCCGCCGCAAGAUAAUCACAAUGUUGCUGAGAACAUUGGAAAUGCUGGUGGAUGAGGUAAUAUAAUUCGUUCAUCCAUUUAGUUGAUUACUUAUUCUUCUAUGUAUUCAUCUUAACUAUGUUUAAUCAUUUUAUCUACUUUCAGCUGCUACGAGACAUAGUAGUGUUGGUGAUAAUGUUCAUGGUCCGGUGAAUAGUGCUGCUAUGUUCAUGGUUUUUUAUUUUCACUCACUCACUCACUCUUAUCUUAUUGUCUUGUUUUCCCCCUGCAACUAUUGAGAAGAACAUUAAAAAUUCCCAUGAAAUAGCGGCUUACAAUUGUUUUCUUUCGAAAGGAGGAUCAGAGCAUUGAGGAAGGCUCUAGCAAUGGCAUCACUAAGCUCAUUAUGACUCUUCAGUUAACUCCAAUCAUUGUUCUUAAAUAAAUAAAUAAAUGUGUC